CAUAAAUUAAUAUAAAAUACUUCUUCUUCUUCUUCUUCAGUUUAGCUGCCAAACGUAGCCCGUUUUGUGAGUUUUAAGAAAGUUAUAGAUUUGCUUGAAUGGUAAUGGACACAAAUUUCUUCGCUAUUAUAGAGAAAAAAUAUUAGUAAGUUUUUUAAAUCUUCAAAUCUCUAAAAAAAUGCUUUAAGCUUAUACACGUUUGAAGAAGUUUAGCAAACAAUCGAAGAUGGCGAUGAUGGCGGCGGAAGUGAAAUUUACACGAGAAGCAAUAAUAGAGCGCAGAAAGUAACCUAAAAUAUUAACGUGAGUUUUAUAGGAAAGGUGUUUUGUAAAUUUCCUGAUUUUCAGAGAUAAAAAUGGCUAAAGUGAAAAAUAAAAAACGUACUAAUGUGGAUCAGAUACAAAAAAGAAGACAACAGCAAAUCGCAGCGAAAAAAGUUUUAAAUCCAUUUGAAGUGCAUAUAAAUAAAGAGAAAAUGCGUGUUUUGGGUAAGAAAUCGAAGAACGAGAAAGGCCUACCGGGUAUUUCAAAAGCUAAGGCUAUUCAAAAGAGAAAACACACGAUCCUAAAUGAAUAUAUGGUUCAGAACAAGUCCAAUAAAUUCGUGGACAAGCGAAUUGGGGAAAAGUCUCAUUUGCCUCAAGAAGAAAAAUUCAUGGCUCGAUUCGCAGCAAUUAGAGCUAAGGCACACAAUAGGAAAAGUAUUUUUAAUUUAGCUGAUGAUGAGGUUUUAACCCACAAAGGCCAAACGCUAAGCGAAGUGGAACGAUUUGAUGAUCCGCGUUCUGAUGAUGAAGAGAGCGAGAAUGAAAACAGAACCGGUAAACUGGAUUCAAAAUUUGUUGAAGAAGCUCACUUUGGUGGUGGAAUGCUAACUAAUACAGGCAAAGACGGUGCCAAAACCCAUAAAGAACUGAUUGACCAGUUGAUAGAAGAAUCAAAGAAACGGAAGGCUGAAAAGCAGAAAAUAAAGGAAGCAACCGUGGAGCUAACUGAAAAAUUAGACACUGAAUGGAAAGAUUUGGUACAGCUGGUAAGUAAGAAGCCCAAAACAGAUGUGGAAAAGGCCGAAGAAAAACCGAAAUUGCAAGAUUAUGAUAAAUUGGUCCGCGAGCUGAGAUUUGAAGCUAGAGGAACCGUAUCAGACAGAUUGAAAACUGAAGAAGAACUUGCAAAAGAAGAAAAAGAGAAACUGGACAAAUUAGAACAAGAAAGAUUAGAAAGAAUGAAUGGGUUUUCUGAUUCUUCCUUACAAAAGGUCGACCAUAGGAGCGCUGAUGAUCUAGAUGAUGAUUUUUUAUAUGAAUCUGAUAUAGAAGACAAUAUGUUGACUUACGAUGACCAAGGCCAAGCUAACAUACAGGUUCAUGCAGAGCUAAAUGGCAAUGUAAUAGGUGAUAGUGAUGGUGUUUGUCCCGAUAGUAACAAUGAAGAUGCUAAUUCAAAUAGUGCAGAAGAAGAAAGUUCAGAUGAAGAAGAAGCAGGUUCUGAGUCAGAUGAUUCUCUGGCAGAUUUGAAAGCUCAGGACGGUAGUGAUGAAAGUGAAUCAGAGGCAGACAAUGUUAAGGAACUGACUUGUUCACAAAAUAAAUUACAAACCAUCGAAUCAGGCCAAAAACGAAAGUUAGACGAUAUUGCGGAACCCACUAAAUCACGAAAAAAGCAGCAGAUAGAAAUUGAAAAGGGUCGCAAUAUUGUGCAACUGGUUUCUGAAAACGAAAAGAAGGAACUAGAGAAAGCGGGCAAUGAGUUACCGUUCACGUAUAAACUACCAGAUUCUUAUGAAAACUUUUUAGAAACAUUUAAAAAUCAAUCAGCAGUGCAUCAAAAAAUCAUCUUAGAAAGAAUGAUCAAAUGCAAUCACCCCAGCUUAUCACAAGGAAAUAAGGAUGGCUUAGGUCAUCUGUUUGUGUACGUAUUGCAAUACAUAAAUGAUUUGUUUGGAAAUGUAGAAGACUCUGAGAACUUAAGCAAAAGUUUUACUAUUUUAACUGCCAUGACUGAACAUAUUUUCGCUUUGGCACAAUUAAAUAAGGAAAGCACACAUAAUUCGAUAUUGGAAGUGAUCAAGGAAAAACAUGAAGAAUAUAGAAAGAAAAAUAAAAGAUAUCCAGGAUUAGAACUAUUGAUAUUCUUCAAGUUGGUCAGUCUACUAUUUUCAACAUCAGAUUUUAGGCAUCAAAUUGUUACUCCUUGUUUCAUUUUCAUGGAACAAAUCUUAAAGUGCUGUAGAGUUAAAACAGCUCGGGAUAUAUCAUAUGGAUUGUUCGUUUGCACUUUAGUGUUAGAGUACACUGCACUUUCCAAACGAUUCCUGCCUGCUGUUAUAAAUUAUAUAUGCGGAAUUUUGCAUAUGGCAAUUCCAAAGACUGGUGUGAAACUGAUUAAAAUUUUGCCUCCAUUCAAAUCCAUCUCUUCACACUUAGUUUUAUGUCGAAAGUUUUCAGGGGAAAAACUAAGUGAAAAACACAAGGUUUCGAAUUUAGUUCAGCUAGAAAUUAAUGACGAGUUCAAAGUUUCCACACUUUUUUUAAGUUUGAAAAUAUUGAACGAUUUUAUAGAUCAGUUAAAGAACUUGCCUAGUAGCAUUGAAAUGUUCACGGAGCCUGAAAAGUUUGUUCGUCAAAUUCCGAUGGAUUUGUAUCCUGAACAAGUCAAGGAUGUUUAUCAAAAGCUCUGUAAUAGCUUCGCUGAAUUGAAAGCUGAGCACAAAAUGCCCUAUUUAGUUAUAGAAGCGAAAAAACCGAAAGCUUUGAGACUGUAUGAGCCUAAAAUAGUGCAAGUAUAUGAAGGAAAGCGAAGAAAGGUACAAUCAAGAGAAAAGUCAGAUCGUGAUAAGCUUAUUCACAAACUCAAGAAGGAAACAAAAGGUGCGCUUCGGGAAAUUCGACGCGACAAAGACUUCCUGGCGGGAAUUAAGCUUAAGCAAAAGAUUCAAAGCGAUAAGGAGAGACGGGACAAAGUCAACAAAAUUUUGGCCGAGGCAGCCAGUCAACAAAGCGAACUUAACGCUAUGGAUAGGAAGAAAAAGAAAAAAUAAAUGUAAUUAUAGUAUAAUAUACAUAUUACGACUUUUUAGACAAAA